AUGAGUAAAAAAACCAUAACUGCAGCAUGUUGUGUUAUUGGGGACGAAAUAUUGUCAGGAAAGACACAAGAUGCCAACUCUCAUUACUUGGCAAAAACCUUAUUUGACUUGGGUAUUGAACUGAGGUGUAUCCAGGUUAUUGGCGAUAAUAAGCAAGAUAUCAUCAAUUCAGUUAGAGAACUUUCAUCGACAUACAAUAUUGUUUUUACUAGUGGUGGCAUAGGUCCUACACAUGAUGAUAUUACGUAUGAGUCCAUAGCAUCUGCAUAUGGUUUACAGCUAAAUACGGAUAAAGAUACACUCGAGUUUUUUAAAAGACAAGCAGAGAAAAGAAAUAUGAAAUGGACCAAGAGCCACGUUCGAAUGGCUACAUUUCCAUAUCCUGCAGAGUUAUUACGAGAGAAGAAGGGAAUCCCAUUUCCUAUUGUUGUCGUCAAUAAGAAUAUUCAUAUACUUCCUGGCGUGCCAAUGUUAUUCAAAAUCUUGCUGGAUUCACUUAAACCACGACUUGCGGUUAUGUCUGGAUCAAGGUUUUAUAGAUGUGAGAUUGCAACUAGAAAGACAGAGGUCUCUAUUGCAGAGGUAUUGGCUGAUAUUCAGGCAAGAUCUGAUGAUGCCAAGAUUGGAAGUUAUCCUUUCGGGAAGAACCAGGACGGUAUCCAGGUGGUGAUUACUGUGUCAGGCAAAGAGCAGUCGAAAGUAGACAAGGUCACACGAGAGAUUAUGGAAAAAACAGAGGGAUGGCUGUACAAUAGUGUUCUUUAA